AAAAAAAAAAAAAAGAUUUACACCCCACGCUUUCUCUUCUUUACUUUCCCGAAUUUCUUUUAGAUUCUUUUUAAAAGCUUCUUUUCUUUAUGAAGUCGUACCGGUCGACCUCGACCAUCUUCGGUUUAGCGCUGUUCGCACUGGUGGCCUUGUACUGGUCACAGUCGACAGUCCUUGAUACGACCGAGUCCAAUCCCAGUGUUGAUUUUGAAUUUCCAGAAAUUGUGAAUCCACAAGAGCCAUUUGAAGAUCUACGGCGUCGCUACUUAACGCUUAUUUCUGAAGCCAACGAAUACAGUGUCGCCCACCCACCUAUUCGCAAGCGGUCUUGGCAAGACCGUGUCGACCAUAUCCAUGCCAACGCGCUUCACCACUAUUACACGCUGGAUAAACAUGAAUACCGAACGGCACUCUGGGAAGAUAUUGGCGAGCUGACUUCGUCCAACCUCACAGCCACAUUCUAUCGAAUUGGUAGUUUGGCUCAAGCUUGGGCUACUCCGUCCGGCCCUCUCUAUCACAACCAAGAGCUGUUAGUGGAUGUCCUGACUGCCUUGCGCUGGCUCGUGGAGCGUCAUUAUAAUCCCAACAUCAUUCGAGUGGGCAAUUGGUGGGAUUGGCAGAUUGGCAUUCCUUAUCAGAUUAACGACCUGGUCGCUUUGUUUUACAAUGUCAUGGACGCCGAUCUUCGAACUGCGCUCACCGCGGCUUCCAGAUACUUUAUUCCUGAACCUAUCAAAACCGGCGCCAAUCGCGUGUGGACUUGCAAGAUCAUUGCCGUGCGUGGCAUUCUGGACAGUAAUCAGACCGAACUGGACCUUGGUAGCCAGAACCUUCAAGAUCCCGAAACCAUUUUACUAGACUAUGUGGAGAGUGGGGAUGGAUUUUAUCGUGAUGGCAGUUUUAUUCAACAUGAUACCAUCCCAUACCAUGGCGGUUAUGGUAAGAAUCUUUUCAAAGGCCUGGCGGACAUCAUCUACCUGUUACAUGGAUCGGCAUGGGAAUUGAAGGAUAAGCGAAUUAGCCAUAUCUAUGAAUGGGCUGUCAAUUCGUUCAUGCCCAUUGUUUGGAGAGGAGCCUUGUUUGCCAAUUUACGAGGCAGAGAGAUCAGUCGCAAAGACGGUACCGACUAUCAUGCAGCAGACGAUGUCAUUACCGGUAUGCUGCGUUUAAUUCAGAUCGCCAACGAUGAAAAAUUCGUCGCCAAACUGAAGAGCUGGGUCAAAUUCAACAUCGUCAGUGCUAGACCAUGGCAUGAUUAUCUGGAUGCAGCACCUGGAAGUUUGUACAGAGCAGCUGCCGAUAUCAUUCACGACAAAAGCGUCAUUCCACUAGAAGAUUUGAGCGAAACCGUGUGGAUGAAAAAAUCCGACCGUGCUUUCAUGCUUCGAUCCACCUAUGCUUUAGCUCUCAGUAUGAGCUCUGAUCAUGUUUCCACGUACGAGUGCCUCAACCACGGCAAUCUUAAAGGAUGGUACACCGGAUCAGGAAUGACAUUGCUUUAUAACGAUGAUCUUGGUCAAUACAACGACGGCUACUGGGCGACGGCUGAUAUGUACCAUGUUCCUGGCGUCACUGCCCAUUUAAGAGUGCGUAAACCUUGUUCUGGCAGUCGAUAUGUGAGCCAAGACGGCCGAACGUAUGGAUCGACUUCAGGCCAACAUGCUUCGAUUGGUAUGCAGUAUCUCUCAUGGGGAAGGACCGUGAAUGCAACGAAAUCGUGGUUUUUCCUGGACAAUGAGAUCGUCUGCCUGGGAGCGGGUAUCAGCGGCAUUGGAGAGACGCAUACUACCAUUGAUCAGAGACAAAUUUUGAGUCAAAGACGAAUUUAUCUGGAUGGGAUUGAGAUGCCACACGAAAGCACCUUUAACAAAACGUUUUCUCCCCACACACUGCAUACCGUUCAACUACAAAGCAAUGUGGAAGAGGCGUCCGACAUUGCCUACAACGUCUACCAUGUCUCAGAAAACCUCAUUUUGAGUAAAGAUGAUAGAACCGGUUCAUGGAUUGAUGUGAACAAUGGGCAUGUUAUACAGGAUACCACGCCUUUCCAACGCAAAUACGUCACUUUGUAUAUCGACCAUGGAGACUCGCCUGUCAAUGCAUCCUAUAUCUAUAGCAUUCGACCCAAGCCUGAACUUAUCCCACAUUUAAGGACAUUCCAGGUGCUUUCCAAUACCGAGGCAGUACAAGCUGUUCAAUCCGUCGAUAAGCGCGUGACAGGAGCUGUGUUCUAUGAAAAGGCUCAAGUGCCUGAUAUCUUGACCGCUAGCACUGCCUGCUCCAUCACGCUCACGGCCAGCGAGACCGACGGCUACGUCAAGGUGGCCAUCGAGCUGCCCGCCACGCCUGACGAACCGGCAUAUUUUCACUUCAAGCAGUUGGCGCCAUACCAUUUGCGCAGCGAAGUGGACGGCAUCACGGUUCUCGCGACAGGCAAGACCGGGAUCCAACUUGCCAUGACGCGAGCUUCGGUUGUCCUGGACUUUGUUCUCCACUAGAGUUUUUAAACCCGAAAUGUACAUGUUCUUCUUUGUCAGCAGCCUUUUUUUCCCAACCUUGUUUUCGUACAUACCACCCUUUCUCUCUUGAUACCUUUUAAUCUCGACCUUUCUUAGCCCCUCAUAAUCAUCACCACUUCUUUUCUGUCAAAAUCCUCAUUGUUCAAGUAAACUUACUCUUGCCAGUAAAUACCAAGUCAAAGUACU